AUGGCCUCGGACGGACCUCGCCCUGGCUUCCUGGGUAACAUCAAUGAAGACCAGGAAGCCAAGCUGCAAAAGAUAUGGGCCAUCUUGCUCCGAGCUUCCGAAAUCCCUUCUGAUGAGGAUUCAAAGGGCUGCGCCGAAGAGCAUCCUGCCAGUCCCACCCCGUCUGCACCUCCACGACGAAUGUCGCUUCUAAGUCGCACUUCAACCUCACUAAGCAACAAUUCCGACAAGACCGCACCGACACUUACACGGCCAUAUCAGCAAAAGUUCAUGGCCUAUUUCAAAGAGAUAGGUGCCGCUCCACAGGAAAUCAAAAUGAUCCAGAAAGCACUAUCAGAGAUUAGCCCCAGUGAACUGCGUCAGGGUGUACUGGAUGUUUUGAAGCAUGAUAACCCAGACGCGAUGAUGUUGCGAUUUUUGCGCGCGCGAAAAUGGGAUGUCUCUAAGGCUUUUGCCAUGAUGAUGGACGCAAUUGUUUGGCGAGUGAAGGAAAUGCAUGUAGAUGAGGACGUGAUGACCAAGGGCGAGCUUCACGCCUUGAAGCAGGAACGCAGCUCCAAUGCUAAAGAGAAGAAGGAAGGAAAGGACUUCUUGGAUCAGAUGCGUAUGGGUAAGAGCUACGUACACGGCGUUGACAAGCUAGGUCGCCCGAUUGUGGUUAUCCAGGUCCGCUUGCAUAAGCCUGGUGCGCAGAGCGAGGAAACUCUGGAACGUUAUAUCGUCCAUGUCAUUGAGUCAGUGCGAUUGACUCUGAAUCCUCCGGUUGAGACUGCUUGUGUUCUCUUCGAUAUGACUGGGUUCGGCCUUUCCAAUAUGGAGUACCCUCCUGUCAAAUUCAUCCUCAAGUGCUUUGAGGCCAAUUAUCCUGAAUGCUUGGGCAUCAUGCUGAUUCACAACGCUCCCUGGGUCUUUUCAGGUAUCUGGAGACUCAUCAGAGGCUGGAUGGAUCCUGAUAUCGCCGCCAAAGUCCAAUUCACCAACUCUGGCAACGAUCUAGCCAAGUUUAUCGAUCGCAGCAAGCUUCCGAAGGGUGUGGGAGGCGACGAAGACUGGGAGUAUAAGUAUAUUGAACCGAAAGAAGAUGAAAAUCUCGUGAUGGAAGAUACCACCACCCGAGACGCCCUGAUUCGGGAACGCCAACAGAUUGGAGAAGAGUUCCUCGCUGCUACUACAGAAUGGAAUUCCGCCGCCAAGGCGAAGGAUAAGACCAAGACUCAAUCCGCAGCUAGUCAAAGGACAUAUCUGGCUGAAAGACUGCGGGUCAAUCACUGGAAAUUGGAUCCUUACACCCGGGCUCGUCUUUGCCUCGACCGGAUGAGAGUGAUUCAGCCUGGAGGUAAGGUCGACUUUUAUCCCAAGGAAGAAGAAGUCAAGGCGGAAGAAGCAUCAUCAAAUGGAACGAGUAAGACUUUGGAAGUUCAGCAUUUGGAGAAUCUCAAUGGUAACGGUGUUCAAACGACAGUUUCGGUCUAA